AAAAUGAGCAUAUAAAAUAUGUUUUGGAGAUUCAGACUCGGAGCAACGCACGGGAGAGAGAGAGAUGAGCGAGGGAGGUUUCGAAGAAUGGGAUGCUGAUUUCCUGGACCAACUCAUACACGUUGAAGAACUUGCUCUCUCCUCCACCGCACCACCUUCUCAGCCCCACCCUGCGACCACCGCUUUUUCUCAUCCAUCACACCUACUCCUUCCGCCGCAGCCGCCGUCACUGUUACCACCACCACCACCACCACCUUAUGUUGUUCCCUCUCACGACUCCAUUAGCUACUCGCCUCCUCGAGAACUGUCUCAGAGAAUUCCAAACCACAAGCCUUUCGAUCACUCUUCAAAUGGCAUUGCUGGCGCCGUUGUCACGCCAGUUCCGUACAUUCGUAGUGGAAGUGCCAAAGAACUCGAAAUCGACGGAUUGAAGAGAGAGCUGGGACGUGUCUCAAAGCAGCUUACAAAUUUGGAGCAGGAAUGCUUGGAGCUUAGGAAGGAAAGGGACAAGAAAGAAGAGCAGCUUAAAUCUAUAUUUUCACAGAAUGAAGCAAAAGAUGGCAAUGCUUUGAAAGACAGAAGUUUAAUUGUGAAUGACAGCGGACAAAAUGGCAGGGAGUAUGGAUUUGCUAUGGUUCAUCCAGGGAUUGCUGUGCAAUGUCAAAAUGUGAGCAGCUCAUAUGAUCAUGCCCACUCUACGAGGAGCUGUAAAUCUGUAGGACUUCAGACAGACAAAACUGGUGCUUCGAGUCACUUAACCACAAAUAAUGAUCUCUCUAAAAAUUUGCUUGCCAUCUGGGGCUCUCCAAGUUGUCAAAUAUUAGGAAGGAAUUUGGUUUCCAAGUUAUUUGAGGCUUGUCCAACAGAUUUUCAAGUCCUUUUUGGGUGCAUGCGCAUGAAUACAUCCUCAAAAAUGAUGACAGGCUCCGACACAGUUGAAAGCUCUUUUUAUGUGCCUUUGCAGGAUCACAUGCAUCACGUUAAUUCUUCUGAAGCUCUAAAAGUGUCUCAUCUUUACUCUAUUUUGACAAAGAAUAACAAUGGGAUGGUACAGUUGGAUGCCUUGAUUGAAGCAUUACUAGAUCUUUGUCGUGUAGAAAAUGUUGUAAUUGUUUACAGAUGUCUGAGGAUAUUGCGUGCAUUUCUGAGCCACGUAAGUUUUGAAGGGAAGUCUAAAAGAAGGGACAGUGUCAUGGUUGAGGGGGUUUGCUCAAGUGAUGACCCUGCGAAUAUACAUGGAUCAGAAAGUGCGAACACAGGAGGCUUGUUUUGUGCAAGCAAGGAUGAACUGGACUCAGGCUAUAAUCCAUUUGGAAGGAGAUUCAUUGGCGCAGAAAUUACAUGCAAAAUGGAAUAUUGGAAUCAUCUCACAGAAAUGUCAUUUUAUAACAUAGAAUGGGUUAAUCUCUUUGAAGCGAUGCGCCAAAUAGCAUUGAUGAAUACCAACACUCAUGUAAAACUGGAAGCUGUAUCUAUCAUGAACAUAAUUCUUUCAAGAACUAAUGCUUACGUGGAAAGAGAGGAGUUUGGACAGGUGGUGAUGUUUGAAAGUGUUUCACAAUGGUUAAGGAAAGAUGCUGGCUUGCGUGUGCAAAAGCAAGCGGUGCAUCUUCUGUACCUGCUCUUGAAUUGUCCAAAGGUAUUUGUUGCGUUCUGCUCUGGUUGUAAAAAGGCGGGUAAGAGUGAUGAUAUUGCACAUAAUGACAUGGAAAAUGCUUCAAGGGAGUUCAUUGUCAUCCUUGAUGGGUUGGCAGACUGUAUAGCAUGCUGUGGAAGUGGUACACAGGAUUUGAAACUCCGUAGGCAUGCUAUCACUGUGCUGGCUUUCUUGGCAUCAUCCGGAAAAUCAGUUCUUGAGUUUUUGUUGGGCAACAGGCUGUCAGGAGGGAUGAACUUUCUUUCUUUGAUUUUGCGAGUACUGGUUUCAGAGAUUGACGUAGGAUCGGCUGACUCUACUAAGCCACCAGAGAUUUUCAAGGAGAGGGCCUUGCUGAUACGGGAGGCAUUGAUUUUUCUUAAUAGAUUGGUGUCCAACCCAACAUUCUCCACGACUGUUUUACGAGCGUUAACGAACAACAGGGAUAUGGCUAGUUCGACAAUCUAUAUUGCGAACAGGUUGUCAAUGACAAGCCAAAAACACCGGCUUUCUGACAACUUGUCUAGACAGACGAGGGAAUCUGAAAUUGUUGACUUAGCUCGGGUCUUUAAAAAAAGGGUCUUUGCCUACUUAGGCGACAACAUUUCAUAAAGAAUUCCAUUUGAUGAAGUUAAUGAUUUAAUGUGCUGUGGAAUAUGGUGAUUCCAGACUGGGGACCCGAAGUGAGCAAUUUAGUCAAAUGAGUGAAAGAGCGCCCUCAUUAGUUUUUGGGAAUGCCGGCCGUUGUGGCUUGCGCCGCCAAAUUUUGACCACCACCAGCGGGUAUGGGUCUAUGUGACCCUAAUUGUAUGUAACGACCAUGAUAGCUGCCGACUGCUGUGUAUUAUCACUCCUACCACUUCUAGCAUUUUGGUUUUAUAUAUUUAUAUUUUCAUUCUGAAUUUACUGGUAGUUUCUUGGUUACCAGUUAAAGUUAAAGUUUUAUUAAAGGGCGUUUUCACGGGUAGAACCUCCUCAGGAAUAUAAGGUUUCAUGAGGCUGACCAAGCACGAGCUCUUUGGGAGCUAUUUUAUUUUAUUUUUGCUACAGGCUCUUCGUGUUAAUCAAUGUAUUUUUCUACUGCUUUAGUUGAUA